UCACUAUCAUCAGCUGACGUGAGAGUACUGAGUGAUCAGUGAUCACCAGUGUCUGGUUGUCUUCAUUGAUAUCUGCAGUUUUCAUCGUGUCCUUGUGUGGUAGUGGUGUGUGUACCAUGAAAAUUCAAGACGUGACGGGGUGCAGCUUCCCGGUGUGGUAUGACAAGUUCAAGAAGUGCUCCAUCAAGAGCCUGGUGAUGCCCCUGACCCCAGAAGUGCUGACCUACUUGCAGGAUGAUGGCACUCUGGUAUUGCCUGAAGGUUCACAGCCUGAAAUGACAUAUGAGCGUGGUCCCAUGCCUGAGGAGCCUGCUCAGGACUGGGACCACUGUGAGACCUCUGGCAGUGUUGUUGAGGGCCCUAAACUGGAAGACUUCACCAACAAGAUCCGAGAUGCCAUUGCUAAACUGGGAGGAAGUGUAUUUCCCAAGCUAAACUGGAGUGCCCCAAAGGAUGCCUCUUGGAUUGCCUUCAACAACUCUCUACGGUGCAGCACUCCAGGGGAUGUUUUCCUCUUGCUCAAGAGCAGCAGCUUUGUGACCCACGACCUCACUGCUCCUUUUAAGGACUGUGAUGACUCAAGUGAGGGCGAUUCACAUGUUGACUACUGUCUUGUUCUCCGCAAGUGGAUGGACAUCAACCCAGCUUAUGAGUUCCGCUGCUUUGUUAGGGAUAAGGAACUUGUAGGCAUCUCUCAGAGGGACGUGAGCCAGAGCUACUCCUGCAUUGGUGGAGAUCAUAACAACAUUCGCAGCGACAUUAUCAGCUUUUGGAGGGAAAACAUUGAAAAUAGAUUCCCUCUUCAAAGCUAUGUUUUUGAUGUGUACCGGCCAGCCAAGGAUCGUGUGCUUUUGCUGGACUUCAACCCAUUUGGAGAGACAACUGACAGUCUCCUCUUCUCUUGGUCUGAGAUGCGCCAGUCAGAGGAUGAAGGACAAGGCUUGAGCAGGAUCAUUGAAGAUGAAAUCAGUGACAUGAGGAUUGAGGACACUGAGGAUAGCAACAUGCUACACUACAAUGAGAGGAAUCUGACAGACAGCAACAGGCAAACUCCUCCCCGUGAUGCCUUGCCAGAGUUCAGAUUCAUAUCAGAUGCAACAGGAGUACAGCCAAGCCCUUACAUUGAGGAGAGAGAGAGAGAGAGAGAGCUGCCUCCUAGUCAAAGUUGCUGAAAUGAGUGGAAAGUGAUAUGGAUUGUGAAAUGUUACCGAGAGAUCUGAAUAAGAUAUAUGAGUUGCACAAGAGUUGGGAAAUGGAAUUUAAUGCAAAAAAAUGCAGUGAUGGAACUAGGAAAGUAAAAGAAGACAGACAAGAUCUUACACUAUGGGAGUAGAAAUUAAGAAAACAAAGAAGGAAAAGACAUGGGUAUUACAAUAAGUGAUAAUUUAUCACUGUAAAAACACAUAAACAAUAUAGUUCAGGAAACGUAUGAGUUACUAAGAAAAAUUAAAUGGGCAUUUGCUUACCUAGAUGAAGAGAUAAUGAAAAUAUUAAUAGAACAUAUGUUUUGACCCAAAUUAGAAUAUGGUGCAUGUAUUUGGUCACCACAUAAUGAAAAAAAAAGAUAUAAGGAAGAUAGAAAGGAUUAAAAAAGUUGCAAGCAAAUUGGUUCUAGUUUUGAGAGACAUAACCUAUGAAGACAGAUUAUAAAGAGAUUAAAAUUUCCAUCAUUGCAAUAGAGGAAAGAAAGAGGAGACCUAAUAGCUUUAUACAGAGCAUUGAGGGGGAUGGACCAAGUUGACAAAGAAGACUUACUGGUGUGGGACUCAAAAGAUACAAGAUGACAUGGCAUGUAUUUGAAAAAGACAUGUAGAACAGACAUUAAGAAAUAUACUGUAUUUGAUGGCUUGUAAGACACACCUUUUCUCUCAAAAAAAAGUCUCAAGAAAUCAGCCUGCAUCCUAUGAGGCCAAGGUUCAGGAUUGAGGCAGUAGUUGGCAACAGAGGCUCUAAAAUCAAAUCCCAGAAAUCUUCGCACAUGUAAACAAAGU